AACCAAGAGAGCUUGACCUUGGUUUGAUUAUAAUGUUACAGCCGCACUGCACGCUGUGGUAAACAGCGAUCUUUUAAAAAGGUAAAUGGUCUGUCGAGAGAGAACCGAGAGUACCACAACCAACAACCAACAACCAACCACAUCGAUCGAAUCGAACCCAGUACCGCGGCGGUUCCUUUUCCCAACAACAAAUCUUCCAACGAAAAAAUACGACGCAGAACGUUAAAGAGUUUGGUGUUUGUUCAUUAAAUUUGGAUGUUGCAGUGUAUAUUGACGUUAUUAAACAAUUUUUUAAGCAGAUGUUGACUUAACAUAUAUACGAUGUAGUUUUGUGUGUUCAGUUUUUGGUUGUUUUUGAAGAACGGGGUGAAAACUUCUUAGAAAAGGGACAAUGGAAAAAUGGUUACCUAUACUCUCUUCACUGUUGCUACCUCUGGCAGGCCUAUCAACUUUUGAACCAAGCUGCAAGUUUCACCUUAGUUUUCUUCAAGGACAACAACUGACAUGUAACAAUGUCAACAUGAACUAUUUUCACACGGUGGACAUCCCCCUCAAUCGAACUCACUGGUUCAAGUGCCACAACUGCACCCUAGACGUCCUGGACGAGAGCACUUUUAAGUUCCCCAAAAGAAACAACAUCUCAGUAGUGGAUCUGGCUUACUGUGGAGUUCGAGUCUUGAGGAAGUACGCCUUUGAGAAUUUUUUCUUGAUGAAAGUACUAGUUUUACAUAACAAUAGCAUACAAAUAUUGGAGACGAUGUGCUUCAGCGGUAUAAAAAGAGUAGUACAUUUAGAUCUGAGUACAAAUUACAUUAAGAUUUUGGCUAAUAAUUUAUUUUUAGAACUAGAGAAUUUGGACAUAUUAAAUCUAAGCAAUAAUCAGAUAGUUUACAUAAACUCCGAAGCUUUCUGUGGCUUAUCGAAUCUUAAAUAUCUUUACUUAAACUACAAUAAUCUUGACAAACUAGAAGAAAACACCUUUCGACAUCUCCAGAACUUAAAAAUCCUCUAUUUAGAGCACAACCGAAUCCAUAACAUUCAUCCUAACGCUUUCAAUAAUUUAGCAAACCUCAACUUUUUGUAUAUUAGUCAUAACAGUAUUACAUACCUAGUUCAGUAUAAUUUUAAGCAGCUAACUAGUCUUCUAGAUUUGCAGUUAAGCUUUAACAACAUAACAGAGAUUCAAACCAGUGCUUUCAAUGGUUUGAAGAAUCUGAGAUCUCUACAUUUGGGUAACAACUACUUGGAGUAUAUCAAACCUUAUGGUUUUGUAGGAUUAGAUAGCUUAGAAGUGUUGGAUUUAGUCAACAACUUCUUCGACUUUAUUAAUUUUUUCGAUAGUUUCGGCCACUUGGAAAAUCUGAGGUACUUGUGGUUGAACAGAAACUUCAUUGGUAAUAUUACUUUUGACUAUAAAUACGAAGUACAAAAUGUAUUGACUAUUCUUGAUGUUAGUGAGAACAAUCUAUCAAGCUUUAAUUUUACUUUGUUUUACAAAUACUUGCCAAACGUUAAGGAGAUUGUUAUAGCUAAUAACUCGUGGGAUUGUGAUUUUUUUGUAGAGAUGUACAAGUUUUUUGAAGAGACUAAUACCACCGUUUGUAUUACUAGUAGUUGUGACGUAAAUGCUACUGAGGUUUAUACCGAUGAAAUAUGUGUUAAUUCUGACGUAGAAACUACAGAAGGUGGUAAGGAAGAUGUUUCCAUGGAUUUUUCCACGGAUCAAGGCUUCAUUCAUGAGUGUUCUUGGAGUAUUAUUUUGUUAUGUUUAGGAACAGUAUUAUUAGAAUAUGGCGUAUCAAGCUAGUUUGGUUUCACCAAAGUCGCUGCCUAAAAAUUGUUUCAAAAUUUUCAGAAAAUAUGUAUUAUUAUUGAUAUUAAGAUUCGUUUGGUCAUCUACAACAAGCUUAAUAUCCAGUUUUAUGCUGGAGAAUUAAGAACUGUAUUUAAAAAUUCUGAUGCUCCGAUUUCAAAAAUUUCUUAUCGAAAUAGCCGAAUGAGAUUUAAGACUAUUUUAGAUUAAGGGGAUAUACGCAAAAUUUCGGCUCCAAUGCUUCUAAAUGCAUUCAUUUUUUUCGAAUCCUGAAAAAACUUUUUGGUUAUUCUAAAGGACUUUCGGCCCUCGGUAAUAAUGUAGUCUUUCAGUAUACGUUUAAAUUUUUCAGAUAUACUUAUUAGUUCUUUUAGAAUUCGAAAAGAAAUAAAUGCAUUUAAAACACAUUGGCUCGAAAUGUUGCGCCUACGCCCUUAAGCUAAAGCCAAGAGUAUGUCUAUUUAUUUCUUUUUAUGGUCAGCGGGUGAAACAAAUGUUAACAAAUAUUUUUGUAAAUAUUCGCAAGUACGUUUUAUCUCUGAUAUUUUUGGUACAAAUGCUCAUACUGUGAUCUAUUUGAGAUUCAAAUUUGUAAAAAUAUUUAUUAAUGAUACAAAAUAGCAGAUAGAAACCUAUUGUGUAAGUGAUAUUGCAAUAUGGCAAUAAUUUAAAAUAUUAUAUUAUAAGAUAAAUAAAGAGCUUUUAUAGUAAAUACAUCAACUGAUCAAAGGUUCAAAACUCAGUGUUGCCAGGUCCGAUUUGUUUUAAAUCUGUACAUAAGGUAAAACAAAUCGGGAUUUAGGGUUGUAGAUCGGGACAAAUAAACAACAAUAGUCCAGUAAAUGACCGUAUUGGAGUGUAAUUUUCAGAGUUAACUCCGAAUUGCAUGAAAAUUUGGUUUUAGGUUCUACGUUCUACUUACUGUUUGCUUUAAAGUUGAACUUGUACCAUUGGUUGCUUUUACUUGGGGGGGUUACAGUUAAACUUUCUCGGGGUGUAAAAACGCGCGUUCCCAAAACGCAAAAGUCCCAAAAUGGAUAAAUUGACUAAUUCUAAACAAUUUUUGAUCUAUAGAAUUUUUUAAUUAAGUCAACACUUUUCGAGUAAUUUGCGAUUGAAAAUAAUUAUUUUUUGAUAAAAAAAAAACACAUAUUCAGGCGGUGUUUCACAAAUAACUUACGAAGUAUUUUAUCGAAAAAAAUAUUUUUAGCAGAAAUGUAGCUUAUACAAAAAACAAACAAAAAAUGUGUGUUCAGAAAGUCUAUAAAACCAGUAAUAGCAAAGUUGUAGCUCAUCAAAAAAUUAGCGUCAAAUUCAAAAUCGAAUAUUUCAACGUGAAAUAAUCACAAAGUAAAGCAAUUUUCUGGAAGCACUUAAUAGAAAUUAUUUAAAGUGUUUAAAAAAAUCUUUAUUUUUUUUUAUACAAAAGUCUUAGCAUUAAAACUAAGCGAGUUACGCUCAAAAUAAAGCUGGCCCCCUUUUUUUUGGUAAAAAAAUUCGUGAAAAUCUCCUCCUAUUUAGCAACCUAAAUAAAAUUAAUCGUUACCGCUUUACCAUUUACUUUAUAUGUGUAUUGUUUAUAAAAAUUGCCCUUUUUUCAAAAUGACUAAAAAAGUAUUAGGGCCGGUUGUUCGAACGCUAAUCAACAAUGAUCACUAUCAAAUAUUUAAUUACUGUCCCAACUGUCAAUGUCAACUUUGGUUGGGUUGCUCAAAACAUAAUUGAUUAUGAUUAUGAGAUUAGUUAAUCAAUUAACAUAACAAUUAUUAACAUAAUUGAUUAACUAAUUUCAUAAUUGUAAUCAAUAAUUAUGUUUACAGCAACAAAAUCAAAGUUGACAUUGACAGUUGUGACAGUAAUUAAAUAUUUGAUAAUGAUCAUUUUUGAUUAGCGUUCGAACAACCGGCCCUUAGUGAUACGAAAAAUCUCGUGUAAAAAAUGUAGGUUUUGCUUUUAUAAAUAUGACAGUUUCAAUUUGUUUUUCUGUAAGACAAAAAUUAGAAAAGAUAUGGCUGUUCAUAUUUUGCAUAUACUCGUGAUUAGUGACUCGUUCAGGCCUUUUCAACUAUGACUAUUUCAAAAAUAAGCCCUUCAAACCGGUGAAACUUACAGAUCAUAUAAAAAAUACAUAAUAAACUAAAUUGUUUGUAAAGCGGUAACGAUUAAUUUCAUUUGGUGUGCUGCUUUGGCAAAUACUGGGAGAUCUUUACGAUUUUCUUUACCAAAAAAGGGGUCAACUUGAUUUUGAGCAUAACUCGCUUAGUUUUGAUGCUAGAAACUUUUUUAAAACAUAAAAAUAAAGCUUUAUUGAACACUUUAAAAAAAAGUUUUAAUGGGGUUUUUCCGAAAAGUGCUUCAUCUUUUGAUUAUUUCACAUUGAAAUAUUUGUUUUGGAUUUUGACGAAUAAGAACGUAUUUUUCGUGAGCUACAACUUUGGUUUUGCUGGGUCUAUAGACUUUACGAAUUCAUAAUUUUUUUUCAUUUUUUUGUAUGCUACAUUUUUGUUAGGAAUAUUUUUUUAGCUCAAAUACUUACUUUUUAAGUUGUUUGUGAAAAACCGCCUGAAAACGUGAUUGUUUGUCGAAAAAUAAACAUUUUCAAUUGCAAAUAACUCGAAAAGUAUUAACUAAGUUAAAAAAUUUUAUAGAACUAAAGUUGCUUAGAAUUUAUCCAUUUCCGGACUUAUUUUAAACGCGCGGUUUUUCACCCCCGACUAGAGAUACUGUCACCCCCCGAGUAAAAGCAACCAACGGCACAAGUUCAACUUGUGCAAGUGGAGGGUAAGUAGAGCCUAAAUCCAAAUUCUCGUGCAAUUCGGAGUUGAUCCUGAAAAUUACACGGUAUCGCCGUAUUUCGCCUUAAUUUACUGGAAUACGUGGUGUUUCUAUAGUCUGUAUUUAAUCCUACAUAAUCAUAAUAAUCAGACAAAAUUACAAAACAAAAUCGUAGAUUAAGUAAAUUAUUUAUUUUUUAUUAAAAUUAUAUUUUUCAUUUUAUACAUAUAACAUAGUUAUAAAAUUCACUACAAGUCAUGCUAAAAUUGGUUUUCGUUGGUAAACUUUAUCGGGACAUUUAGUGUCCCGAUCAGGUACAAAUCGGUACGGGUCCCCAGACCCUUAAAAAUCGGGACGUCCCGCGCAAAUCGGGACACCUGGUAACGCUACAAAACACAUUCAAUUAUGAUUUUCGAUUAACACCCUAUGGCCUCUACUUUCAUUAAGGGGAAAAUUUAAUCCACCAGACAUCCUGUUUCUGGUUUAGUUUCUUCGGCUUAUGGAGUUCCUUUUUAAUUCCCUUUCACGUAUUCCUCUCUAUUAAGCCUGUUAUUAUUGUAUUGUCAAAUUGUAUUUUCGGGUUGCUGAAGAUAUCAUGUAGCAACUAGUUCCAGAGUACUGUGAGAUCUUCAAUUUUUGUAGUAGGUCGCCAUGUCUGCACCACUGACCUACAGGUAAAAAAGCAACCUUAAAGAGCAAUUAUUCUUGAAUCCUUGAAAGCUUUUAUUUUUUGGAAGAGUACUAAUAUAUAAUACUAAUAUCUAUAUAAUACUAAUAUAAUACAAAAUUAUUGCCUUGGCUAUAUGGACACUCCCUCUGAGGUAGAAUUACUGUUAACAACAUUUUUACCAAGCAGUACCAACUAUUUGUAAAGAUUCUGGUACAAUACAAUACAUAAAGUUUUUGUACAAUAAUUUUUAGUAUGAUGAUUUUUUAAUCCUAAUUUUAGUUUCUAUCUGGUAUCAAUUGUAUCUUUAUUAUAGAGCUCAAGAAAUGUGGCAGAGCUUAUUUAGUUAGCGCUUAUAAAACCUGAAUGCUUCCUUUUGAGAUUUAGAAAGCACAAAAAAGACGAAUAUCCUAAAAUAGAUAGAAUGUGGCUCUAUGGAAUAUACAGGGUAGCGAGAAAAUAUGGAAACACGGUAAUUUCUUGGAAACCGCUUGAACGAUUGUUAUAAAUUUUGGUGAGUAAGGGUAAUACAGCCUACAGCUAAUACAGCCGAUAUCAUAGUGGUAAUUACAUUGUUGUCAAAUCUUCCGUUUUUUUGGAAAUCUAAUGAACUUUCUUAUUUUAAAUAGAACACAAUGUAUAUUUUUUGCGUUUUGAAGUCUUUAAGAAAUACUGAUUAUUUUUUAUGUUAUGUUCCCUAUACCUAAAUGCCAUAAUUUCGGAGUUAUUGCUACAUUUAUUUAAACAAAAAUUUUUAACAAAUUAUACAAAUUUAUUUUUUUGAACCGGGUAGAUAUUAUUUUAGGUUCUUUGAGUUAUUGGAAACAAAAAAGGUCUUUUGUAAUUUUCCUCAAAAGUUAAUCCUUUUCGAGUUAUAAACAAUUUAAAACUGAAAAAAAUCGAAAAAUGACGAUUUUCUGGGUUCAAAAACAUAAGUAAAAAAUAUUAUUUUUGAAACUAUUAAUUGCCUAAAUUCAAGUUCAAACCUUAUUUUAUUAGAUGCCGAUAAGUGAUUUGGUCUUAUUUCAUUCUAAAACAUGAUUUUUUAGUUGUUAUUGACGCGCGAUAGCCCAUCCUCUCAUAUGAGCUUUAUUAACAAUUAAAAAAAAACAAUGUUUUAGAAUAAAAUAUUCCAAAAAUUCUUAUAAGGAUCUAAUAGCAAAAGGUUUGAGCUUGAACUUUUGUACUUCGUAACUGUAAAAAUGAUUUUUUUACUUGUGUUUUUGAACCUUGAAAAUCGUCAUUUUUCGAUUUUUUUCAGUUUUAAAUUGUUUAUAACUCGGAAACGAUUAACUUUUGAGGAAAAUUACAAAAGACCCUUUUUAGAAUUACAGACCUUUUUUAGAUUACAAAAGAACCUAAAAUAAUAUCUACUUGGGCCGAAAAAAUUGAUUUUUAUAAAUUUGUUAAUUUUUUUUUUAAUAAAUAUAGCAAUAACUCCGAAAUAUGGCAUUUAGGUAUAGGGAACAUAACAUGAAAAAUAAUCAGUAUUUCUUAAGGACUUCAAAACGCAAAAAUAUACAGGGUGUUCCAUUUAAAAUAAGAAAUUUCAUUAGAUUUCCAGAAAAACUGAAGAUUUGACAACAAUGUAAUUACCAUUGUUAUAUCAGCCGCAUUAGGACACCCCUACCGACCAAAAUUUAUAAAAAUCGUUCGAGCGGUUUCCGAGAAAUCACCGUGUUUCCAUACUUUCUCGCUACCCUGUAUAUUGAGAUGAUAUUUGAUGUCUAUAUUUGAUGUGUAUAAAUAAUGAUGUGUAUAUUGCUUAUGUUAUAAAUUUUAUACAUUUAUACAUGUAAAUUUUCUACAACUGUACAACAUUUAAAGGGUUUUCACCCCUAUAUUUUGGUGGAUCCAUCAUAUAACACUUGUUAACGGCACUGAUGAUGAACUCUUUGGUUCGAAAACGUUCUGUGAUGUAGCCUGAAAAUGUUUUUUUUUUUAAUUAAAUAUAUCUUUUAUAAAGGAUCUUAACUAAAUUUUGGUAAUACAUGAUAUACAGCCAACUACAGGAAAUUUUUCUUGUGGAGUCAAAAGUUUAAGUUAAUUACACUACACUAAUGGUAACCAAUGUUCGAUACGCAAGGCGCGUAGACAAGAAGAUUAUAUGAGGGUCUUCGAACUGUCGAUUUUCUACAGUUUACGAAAUAUUCUCACAUACAAAUGAAAAUGGGAACAAAUUGUAUACGAUAGCUGUUCUAUUGUCAAUUUCCUCGUUAUAAUGCUAUAAAUGAUAUGAGAAAUCUUAAAAAUGAAGCAUACCAACAGGUAGCCAUGCCAAUUAUUGCUAAUAUCCGUGAAUUAAGACCAAUCUGUAUGCCACGAUUUCCGCUGAGCUCUAUUGUUCCUUUUAGUAUAAAGCCUAUGUAUAUUUUUGUUGUCUACCUCAUUAUAUUUAAUUAUUUGUUUGUUGUUUUUGCUUGUAUAUAAUAAAAAUGCCAACUUUCA